AUGGCAGACGCCAUCAAGCACAAGACCUUCUACGCUGCCAUCGCCGGAUGUAUCGUUGGCCUCUUUGCGAUGAUGGUCAUUCCCUGCUUCAUCGCCAUGUGCGUUUCUCGCUAUCGUGAAAAGCGUCAACUUCAUCGUGAUGCCCUUGCGCGUGAAGCAGCCGAAGACGACAGCACCGAUUAUCUCGUAUAUGGCCCCUUCCCCUAUGACUCCUCGCUCUACCAUGUCGACGAAGUUGGCGAAUCUUCCGGAUACCGUGCCCCAAACAACUCCGUCGAAAGCCUUGAUAGUGCCAUUCAGCUUGAUGCUACGCUCGAAGACGAUGCUGCUAUUGCUAUGGCUCUCGCGGAGCAGGAAGAUGAUAUCGCUAUUACCACCACCGAGCAGAAUCUGGACAAUCUCCGCGAGCCUCAGUAUGAAGGCAAAGGCAAGGCCCUCAUGUAUUCUCACAUCCAAGAAGUCCUCGUCGAUCAGCAAGAGCAGCAGCUCUCUGAGAGCGUCCAGGCUCAGCUCCCUGGCCCCAUCCAAGAGGGCCUCUCUGAGCGUCUCCCAGCUGCUCUCGCCGAGGCCGCUGCCGAGCUUCCUGCCGAGCUCCCUGCUGAGCAAAAGGCCGCUGAAGAGUCCCAAGAUGCUCCAGAAGGUGUCCCAAAGGCCACUCCCGCUGAGAAUGAGCAAUAA